AUGGCUAAGAGACUGUUUGAAUCAGGGCACCGCGACCAAGCUAAACAAAAAAUACGUAAAAAUGCAGAACAAGAGGCGUUAUUUUACGAGGAAGAAGAGGUAAAUGAUUCAUUCAAUGAAUUUGAUCGGGUUGAGGAAGAAGUUUUGAGCGAUAUUGAUUGGGACGAAGUUCCUUUGGAUGGAAGCAUAACGGUCACCGUGAGUAAUAUACACCAAGACGCCGGCACAGUAAACAAGCAUAAAAGAAAGCGUAAUAGAAAGGCGUUUAAUUAUCACCGACUUAAAUAUGGGCUGCACUUGGUAAUGAUGCCGUUUAUGCUAUCUUUAUUGAAAUCUAGAAUGAAAUGGGCUGACGACGACAGGCUGAAUAGACGAUUAAGAAGAUCCGUGCCCAAAUUAAUCAUCAAAAAAUUCAAAAACUGGGAUUUGAAGGGCCGAGCCUCUAAAAGUGCUUCUCUGAGAACAUUGUUGCUUGGUUUAGUGUUAUGGUUUCGUUCCAAUUACAAAAUAAAUAGUAAUGGUAUUAGACAGAAUUUUAACAGGUUACAAUACCUUAUAAGGUAUGCGGAUAGUCAGAAAAUAAACGCAGUUUCUGAAUCUAAAUAUAAAGAUGUUUUUGCUAACCAGCAAGACUUUUACGGGAACAGGCCAUCGAUGAAUGAUGACAUCGAAGAUAUUAGGAAAAUGGCGAAGAAAAAGUUGGCUAACAGAGAUAUUUUAACGUUGUUCCUAAUAAUCAUAUUAAACAACAUUUUACCAGGGCCUAAGAAGCUUUACCUAUGCUUCGCCUUACCACUACACAACUAUGAUAUUAGGUGCAAUAGAGUAAAAUGGCAAAUCGAAAAUGGUAUUGGAAAAGUCCCUAAUAAAUUUGAUUCUGACCUAAUACAACCUUAUUUCUGGAUUGAAUUAGAAUUUCCUACUUUGAGCGACGAUGAGUUGUAUAUCAUUGACCCUAUAGCACAUCUGGACGAACGUGAAAUGGUUUUGAAAAAGCACAAAGAUCAGUUCGUUCCUAAUUAUCAACCAUCAAUGGAUAUGAAAUACAAUCUGAACCAAAGGUUCCAUUAUGUGAUCCACAUAGAAUACACCAAAAAAGUAAUGCAGGACGUUUCACCGAGAUAUGUGCCUAAUAUUUGCUAUAGAUACUUUGAUUUAUCUGAGUCGUCUCCCAUUUUGAAAUCGAAACAUUAUCUAAGCUAUCAAAAUUUAUCUAGGUGGCUGAAAAUAUUCAACCGGAAAAAUGCACCUCCUCAAGAUGAUAAAUUGAUGAAACGCAUUGCUUUAUCCAAUUUCACACUGCCAAAAAGUGUCACAGAAAUAAAAAGAGCGGAUAAUUUCAUAGUUCCUUCCCUAUUAAAAUCCGGUGAAGCAUUAAAUUUACAUAUUGAGCCAGCUGCAACCUUGGCCUUAGGAAACACCUUGAAAGAACCCCUAUUUUGGAAAAAGGAUGUAAUAGAAUUAAAGAGUACACAGCAUUGGGCAAUAUUAGGACGCUCCAUUUUGCCUGAUACUCAGCCGUUAAAACGUAAGAAGUAUCUACCUAUGAAGGAACGAAUGGUAAGAAAUUUAGACAGAUAUGUUAUCAAGGAACUAUUCUCAUUUGAGCAAACAAUGGAGACUCCUAAAUAUCCCAGUACCUAUCAUGACCACUUAGGGCGUGAACAUGUGAUAACGGAUCUAUCGCAUUAUAAGAAUAAAUUUGGUAACAUCGAAAUCUACUCAACGGAAACUAAGCCUGAUGGAUUCGAAUUAAUUGGGCUCGAUAAGGGAGACAAUGUCAAAGGUCUCAUCAAGAGGUAUAAUAAAACUCACCAAAGGCCGCAAAAGAUUGAGUAUUUGGAAGUAGUAAGUGGUUUUGAUUUUAAACAGAAGAAAGGACAUGCCAUUCCCAAAAUUGAAAGCAUCCUAGUCAAAGAGAGUGACUACAAAUUAGUUCAACGUUUGAAAUGUCAAACCAAAUUACUACUAGGGCUCUCAUCCUGGGACAUCCUACUAACAAAGCUACGACUCAAUGAUCGAUUGAAUACGGACUAUGGAAAUAUUGAAAAUAACAAAGUGUGUGACGACUGUUAA